CUGUCAAAGUCGAGUUCUGUCAAACCCAUGUCAAACCCAUGACCCCCACAGAAUUUGUAGUUUGUUUGAAGUUAAAAAUAAAUAUAUAAUACAAUUAUUUGCUUAAAAACUGCUGAUAUUUUGUGUAGAAGUCAUAUAUAUUUUUCAUCAUGGAAAUAACAAGAAAGAAUUUUUCUGAACAAAUAGACAACAUAACCAAAAAUUUGCAACGAUCCUGUUUCGUUGGGUUCGAUGCGGAAUUCACGGCUAUUUUGUCCGGAGAUGGUUUUAAAUAUAGAUUAUUUGACACCAAUAAAGACAGGUAUGAUCUUACAAAGAAUGAAGUCAACAAAAUGAUAAUGACACAAGUCGGUCUAACGAUGUUUCAGUAUGAGCGAAAAUUAGAUAACUACAUCGCUGUUGGAUACACAUUCCACUUAUGUCCACAAAACCUUGGCGACAUUGAUCAAUCCUUCAUAUUCCAAGCGUCAACUCUUAAAUUUCUAUGCAAACAUAAUUUUGAUUUCAAUAAGUUCAUAUAUGAGGGUAUCCCAUACUUGAGUAGACAUGAAGAAAAUACUAUAAGACAGCAGAUACAAAAUAAAACAUUGAACAGUAAUCUAAUUCAGAAAAUGGAGCUUCAAGAUGAGAAACAGCUUCAAAAAUACUGCUCCGAGGUUUCAAGAUGGCUGAACAAUGGUGAUGGGGAUACUCUCUACUUAGAUGUUGAAAGUCCAGUAUUGCGUUACGUUGUCCACAAUGAAAUAAGACUGAGAUUUCCAGAUGUACUUACUACUGAUAGCUUAGGUAAUAGCAAUAAGGUUCUAAUAUACAGAGAUAAAAAUGUAGAGGGCGCAAACAGUGCACCAAUGGCUACGCUAGAAGAAAAUCUAAUGAACAAUAUACUAGGCUUUUCACAAAUAAUAAACCUACUUGUAGAAUAUAAAAAACCUAUUGUAGGUCAUAACCUAUUCCUAGAUGUUUUACUUUUACAUAGUCAAUUCAUAGGACCCUUGCCAAAGAAAUAUUCAUUGUUUAAGAAAAAUGUUAAUAGUUUAUGGCCUAUGAUAUAUGAUACAAAACAUAUUUCUCAUGAAAUGAACAGAAAACUAUCAGUGAGUGAAGUUUGGAAAUCAAAUUCUCUACAAGACCUGUAUGAAUUUUUUUCAGAGGCCAAAUGUAAGAGAUUAGAAAAAGGUAUUAAUUUUAUAAAACUUAGCAGUCCGUUUAAUGUGAAACAAACUUAUCACGAAGCUGGUUGGGACUCUUACUGUGCAGGUUACUGUUUCAUACGUUUGGGUCACUGGGCAGCCUGUGAAACUAGUGGCAGUUACAAACCAGUUGGACCUAAGGAAAAACUGGCUGCCUUAGAAGUUUACUGUAAUAAAAUCAAUGUUAUUCGGGGAGCAGUACCUUACAUGAAUCUCGUAAGUGACGAUCCGCCAAGCCAUCGACCCGCCUUACUUCACAUUAAAUCCAUGAAGGAACGAAUGAUUGACAUCGCAAAGAUAUCAUCUGUGAUCGAAAGCCCCGGCUCCGUGGACAUCAAACGCUACGGCAAUCGAACGGCUAUUAUAGCGGCAGGAACGCGUAUUACGGCAGAUAAAAUAUUGAAGCAAUUCAAACACGACCGAGACUACAGAAUAGCGCCGUACAGUUUUGUCAAACAUUCUCCCAUUGGCCGCGCCGCGAUUUGGAGCAGUGCCAUUAUCACCGGUAGUUUAUUACUUUAUUUCUUACAUCGGAAAGUGAAUAAAUAAAAUUUUGUACAUUUUCUUAAAACAUUUAUGUAAACUAGUCCUUAAGACUUAAUAAAAAUAUUGUCUUUUAUUAUACAAAUCUAAAGGUAUUUUAUUUAUUAUAUAUAUUAUUCAUUUGUAUUUUUUUUUUUAUAAUAAAAUAAAUAUAAUUUUACUUUGUUAUAAACGUGUACCAAACGAGUAAAUUCAUGUAUUUAAAUUAAAAUCUUGUAUAACAAAAUACAAAUAUAUUGAGGCUAGCCGCUAGAGAAUAUCUUAUCUCUAUCUUUUCUAUGCUUUAGUUUUAUCUUACAUUCGUUGACACUAUUGUCUUCCUUUUUAAUUGCCUCGGUUUGUAAAAACUUAUGUAUUUCUUUAUAUUUAUAUCCUAAGACUAUUUAUAUCGAUGUACGUUUUAAAUAAAUCACUUGUCUACCUCAAA